GGUGUAUUAAAUGACUUUUUUCACACCUUGCAAAAGACUGAUAUAGCACAUGAUAUAACUUAAUUAGAGCUUCCUUCUAAUAGGCAGACCUUCCUCUAGCUGCUGUUGACAACCCAUGUCUGCUGAUGUUUUUGUAUUUCCCAGAAGUGUCCUGCUCAUUUAACAUGAAUUAAUUACAUAUUAACCUAACUCUAACAUCUUGCUGAGCUUGCAGUUAGUGUUGUAAGUGUAGGUGGUUUUCCUUGUUUUUCAGUGUAUGUUUCUGGCAUCUUCAGGCUGGAAAGAAAAAAAAACUUUCCAGAAACCUGAAGCUGGUUUGAAAGAGGGCCUGCUGCUCAUGAUGUGUGCCCUUAUCCCAAAUUUGCCUCUGGUAAACAGCUUUAUGUAUUGGUUCCGAAACCUUGUUUGACCUGAGAUUCUCUGAUGAAGACAUUGCAGGCCACUACAGAAAAGAUGACUGCCCCAAAUCAACAGCAGAUGAUAAUCGUCAAUCCUCUCCCGCCAAAAUAUAUCAAUACUCGAGGAACUGGCUGUUUAACCAAUCAGCUUCAAUACUUGCAGAGGGUGGUCAUGAAAGCAAUGUGGCGGCAUAACUUUUCCUGGCCAUUUCAUCAGCCUGUAGAUGCUGCAGGUUUGAAGCUUCCAGAUUAUUACAAUAUUAUUAAGAAUCCAAUGGACUUGAGCACAAUUCAGAAGCGUCUGGAACACAACUAUUACACAUGUGCUGCUGAAUGUAUUGAAAACUUUAAAACUAUGUUUGCGAAUUGUUAUCUGUAUAACAAGGCUGGUGAUGACAUUGUUUUCAUGGCACAAGAGCUAGAAAAAGUCUUUUUCCAAAAAGUAGCACAGAUGCCAGCAGAAGAGAAAAUAAUGGUGGCCAAUAAAGGCAAAAGAAAGGGGGGGAAAGCAGAUGGCACUAGGCAACCUGAUAUGGGAAUCUUGCAAGUUAAACAAAGCCAACAGCCAAAACCAGCUAAGAAAGUUAAGCAGUUUCAAAUGAUGAUGCCAACAUCACAGCAAAAUGCCUCAGAGCCUUCACCUGAGACUACUUCUUCAGACAUAAUACCAGCUAGUGAAAUGACAACAAAAGGAGUGAAGAGAAAGGCUGAUACAACUACUGCAAUCAUCACAGCAAGCAGUGAAUCUUCUCCAGCACCCAAUGAACCCAAAAUUGCAAAGCUCUCCUCUAGAGAAGAAUGUGAAGAGUCUCUAUCAAAGAGAGACUUGCCGGACUCCCAGCAACCACCUGAAUCUAUAAAAACUGUAAAACUAACAGAACAACUCAGAUACUGUAAUGAGAUCCUUAUGGAAAUGUUUUCAAAACAGCAUGCAGCAUAUGCUUGGCCUUUUUAUAACCCAGUAGAUGUUACAGCUUUGGGACUUGAAGAUUAUCAUGACAUUAUUAAAUAUCCUAUGGAUCUUGGAACUAUUAGAAAGAAAAUGGAAAACUAUGAAUAUAAAGAUACACAAGAAUUUGCUGCUGAUGUUAGGCUAAUGUUUAUAAAUUGCUACAGAUACAAUUCUCCAGACCAUGAGGUGGUAGUAAUGGCAAGAAAACUUCAGGAUGUCUUUGAGAUGCAGUUUGCCAGAAUUCCAGAUGAACCAGCUACAUUUACACCGCUGUUGCAUCCCAUCACCCCAGCUUCUAUUUCUAGUGAAAGUAGCAGUGAAGCCUCCUCUGACUCUGAAGAGGAAAGAGCAAGACGCCUUGCAGAGCUCCAGGAUCAACUUAAGGCUGUUCAUCAGCAGUUGCAAGCCUUGGCUAAAACUACCUUACCCAGGCUGAAAAAGAAGAAGAAAGGCAAAUCUAAGAAGGAGAAAAGAAAGAGCAAAUUUAAAAACAAGUCUGGGAGUCAAAAGAAGAGAAAGAUGAAGCAAAUGAAGAAACUGAAGAAAAAAAUGGCUUUGAACAUUCGUUCAAAGAAUAUCAAGCCUCAAGAAGAGCCAGCACACAAGUCUGAGGACAAGGAUAACACCAGACCUAUGAAUUAUGAUGAAAAGAGGCAGUUAAGUUUGGACAUAAAUAAACUCCCAGGAGAAAAACUUGGUAGAGUGGUCUACAUCAUACAGUCAAGAGAACCUUCACUGAGGCACUCCAAUCCUGAUGAAAUAGAAAUAGACUUUGAAACUCUAAAAGCGUCAACGUUAAGGGAACUGGAGAAAUAUGUAAUGGCCUGUUUGAGGAAAAGACCAAAGAAACAUUAUGCAAAGAAAUCAAAGGAAGCACUCAAUUUUGAGAAGAAACAAGAAUUGGAAAGAAGACUGCUGGAUGUCAAUGGGCAACUCAAUCCUAAGAAACAAAAUUCAAAACUUGAAAACAAUGCUGUACCGAAGAUCAUUGGUGGACCAAGCCGGUUGAGUGAAAGCAGCAGUAGCAGUAGUAACAGCACCACCUCUGACUCAGAUAGCACCAGCAAUGAUUGCAGCUCUUCAGACAGCAGUGAUCCUGAAUCAGAAAUGCACAUAAAACAAAGUGGAAACCAACAAAAGGAUUUGUUUUGCAAAGAGCAGCGUAAGAUUCCACUGCCUCAUCUAGGGAGGUCCUGCAAUGGCGUGUCCCAAGUACAGGAAGCUUCACCUACUAACAUUCAAAUGCAAAGAUCAACAGGAGUGAGGAUCCCUCAGCAGAUACCGCAGCAUCCUCAGUCUUUGCAGCGCGCUCCUCUUAAACUACCAGAACAAAAUACCCUCUGUCCUCCAGGUAUAGUGGCUGUUGUCUCCCCACUGCACUGCACUCCAGUUCAACAAAUCCCUCAAAGUAAUUCACAUGCAGCCUGCCCUUCUGUCGCUCAGUCUCCUUGUCUACACCCAGAGGUAUCUUGCUCCUCUUCACCAAAUAUUCCAGCAGGCGAUACCAAAGAAAUUGGAAAAACAUCAUUCUGGCAUCGGGCACAACCAACAGCUUUCCAAAAUAAAACUUUUUUUGGAACUGCAGGCUCAAAACCUAUUAAUCGAGAGCAAAAAUUAAAGACUAGUGUUCCAGAUGGUCCAUGUGGGCAACGUAUGACUGCUUCCGCACAUGCCACUGUUCCAGCAAGCUGCUUUGAUAAGUGUGAUGGUAAAAAAAAGAGGGAGAUUAAGCCGCCAAUACCUUUAGUAAAGGACAUAAAAGUCAAGCAUGCAGAUUCCUGGACAAGUUUAGGUAAAAUGAUACCUGCUCCAGUCUCAAUCAAAUCCUCCAAGGAAAGCUUCAGACAGUUCCAAAAAGCUGCGCUAGAAAGAGAAGAGAGUGAGUGGGCAAAGGAGCGAAAAAGGCAAUUGGAGCACGCUGAGAGGAGACUGAAAAGCCUCCCUCAGGAAAAAGAGAGAAACAAUGGAGAAACUUCAAUCAAAGCAAGUUGUUCACCUCUGAAAGGAGAACCAUCUACAAAAGAGCAGCUACAUUCACCACAAAGUCUUGUUGUAGACCGUAAUUUGGCAAGGAAACUGGAGCAAGAACGCAGGAGGAGAGAAGCGAUGGCAGGCACCAUUGAUAUGAAUUUUCAGAGUGACGUUAUGGCAACGUUUGAAGAAACCCUGUAGUAACAGGAAUGAAGAUUACGGUUACUUGAAAAGUGGCUCUAGAUUUCAAAUAUUCCUCCAGUCUACUGAGCCUGUUAUUGGAAUACCUCUGUGGUAAUAUUCCAUUGGAACAGUUAACUAUUUUGAAGAGUCAGUGUAUUCAGUUUGAUAAAACUUGCAAUAUUAAAACCAUAAGAGCAUCUGUAAACUUUCAGUGUAAAGGCCUAAUUGGUCAGUCAUCAAUGCUUUAUAAGCCAGUUUUCUGAGCAGUGUUAAAAUACUGUAUCUUCUUGUUCCAAACAUUUUAUCCUGUGUUUCAAAAUACUUUGUUUUGAUUUAAAUAGAGUAAAAUAAGCAAAAGCAUUGCUUUGGGGAUUCAAAUUUUGAAUUGAGAUAUGUCUGAGAUGAGGAAGGAACACUUAUUUUUGUAUCUUAAUAUCUGCAAAUAGACAUCUUGCGUCUCCAUACAUGAAGUACAUUUUUGUUAUACCAAAUACUUCAUCUUAACACUGGUAUUUAUAUGUGUUUGUUUUUAUUUCUGGCUAAUUGUAUUUUAAGUUGUAGUUUGCUUUGCAAUGGUAAUGGUUUUCAACUCAUUUACUACUGAAUACAUUAAUUUGGGAUUUCUCAUUUGAAAAGAAAAAUCCAAUAUCUGCUAAAGAUUUUUUCACAGUAAAAUCUGUAAAUAGGUAGUGUGUGUUUGUUUGUUUUUCAAGUAUAGUUUAUUCUCAUCUUCUUUUGAACAGAACCCUGCAGUAUUUUGUAUUUGAUAUUAUUUGCCUUUAUAUUUUACAUCUUCCACAUGAUAAUAAAAUAUAUUGCCAUGUUGAAGCUAAA